CUGAUUAUCAUCUAUUUGGAGGUCCGACUAAGGACAUGUGGUGUUCUAACGUCUGCUUUUUACAACACAUCCACCUUAAAGACACGCCAUCUAACAAGGAUGCCACUGGGGAAAAAGGUUCGCUCUUCCUCAGCUUCUGGAAGAUUAGAAACCCAACAUGGGACCAGUAUCCUCUCUGAACUGGAGGGUGCAGGGGAGAGAACGAGAACCCCUUCAAGGCCUGGAUGUCGGGGGGAGAGAGCUGCAGAUGACCUCCCAGCGCCUGGACGAGUAAGCGAGGGCAGUAAAGAGCAGCCUGUAUGGUUGACGCGAGAGCUGCUGACACAGAACCGGCGAAGACACUCUGUCACACUUGGAGACAAGGCACCAAUCAUGAGACGACAACACCACAAUAUGGAUUCAGUCGGCGGACUCUGCAGCCUCAAGAUUGAUGAGACCAUAUCACUCGACGACCUCCAGAAACUAAAACUAGCAUUUGAGGACUUUGAAAUGGGUGGCUUGAGAUGCAUCGAUGCGAAGAAUUUUGGACGUAUAGUGAAGAAGUGUUUGGGUUUGCCUAACACAAGCAAUGCGCAGAUUCAAGGGUUAUUUAAGAAGAUUGAUUAUUCAGGCCAAGGAAGGAUUUCAUGGGGUCAGUUCUGCACACACAUGCUGCAGGAGCACAAAGAGAGGGAGGAAAGUGCAAGGCGCGGUAAGCAGGUGGCUUUUACUCUGCCGGCCACUAUGAAGGCGCUGGGUCCCGGCACUCCCGUCGUCAACAUCCACUCCGCCCACGAUGGCACCAUCUUAACAGUGCAAGAGGACAGUGCUGUUUGCUUCUGGAGCCCUGAACUUAAACCCCUGAAGACCAAACACAUAUUUAAUGAAGGGCCCGACAACAGGAAAUCAAAGUGGGCAAGUGAUUUCACUCUGAUGGCAGAGUACAACAAGCUGAUAAUCGCAACAGGGGACAGGGAGAUCCAGUUUUAUGAGCUUUCCACUCUGGAGCCUUAUUGCCAGGUUAAUGCACUAGACACAGUGCCUUUGACAUUAGACUGCGGCUACGCUGGUCCUGAUAAAUGUUGUAUUCUGUAUGGAGACACUGAGGGAUGUGUGACCAUUAUUUUAAUAACCUCUGUACGCGAUACCCUCAGACUAUGGAAUAAAUUACCAAAGGUUGAAAACGUACCCAACAUAGUGAUUGACAACGCAGUGAUCUCUCCGAACGUGACGUUUGUCAGAUGGAAGGUUCACCGUGACUGGGUGACACAGGCAAAAUAUUUUCAAAGUUUCCAAGCUGUUGUCUCUUCAUCAAAUGAAGAAUCCUCUUCUCUGGUUAUAGGCUGUGUGCUGCCUUUAACAGACGCUGAGCAGCGGUUGAAUGAGAUCAGAGAGGCCUGCUAUGAAGGCAAGACCAAGAAGGUCCAACUGAGUUGGACUCCACAGGUCCGGGCAUCAUGUGACCGGACAGUUUUCAACAUUUCCAAAGGUGUCAAGACCUUUGACCUCUGUGAGAAGCACAGCUUGUUGGUCACUGGAGGCAUGGACAGACUCAUACGAAUGUGGAACCCGCAUUUUUCUGGGAAACCAACUGGUAUUUUGAAAGGCCACUCUGCUCCUGUUGUCUACCUCUGCAUCUCCUCUGAGGACAGCCAGAUCUUCUCUGUCUCCACUGACAGCGCUGUGAAGAUCUGGGAUGUUCAAGACCAGUGUUGCCUGUUUACAGCAGACCCCAAAGCCAGCGGGAUUCACGGUGACAUAACCGCGUGCUUGUAUUCGUCUGCUAUGAAAUCCCUUUUCAUUGCGGCAGACUGUGUGACUGUGUUCUCCCUGAAGAUAAGGCCACAGUUUUGCAGCCGUCUGACUGUUUCGCAUAAUGAGCCUGUAAUGUGCUGCGGCUACAGUGAGGAGUUUCGUCAAGUCGUCAGCUGCACUGAAGGAUCUGUGGUGAAAGUCUGGGAUUUUGACACUGGGCAUCAGGUCUUUGAGUUUGGUGGCACACAUGAUCUGUCUGCCAUCACGUGUAUGGCGUUUGACCUCAAAGGGCGGAGACUCAUCACAGGUGGGAGAGAUGGAAGCUUAAAGAUCUGGAACUUCAACAAUGGUCAGUGCCUAAAGACACUAAAGAAGGACGGUAAAUGUCAUGAGGUGUGUGACUGCAUUUUUCUGAAAGUUCACAGGAAUUGCUAUGUGAUGUCUGUCGGCCAGGACCGGAAGAUUGACAUUUACUCAGACAUACCUGAGGACCUUCGUCAUGUCCAGAGGCCACAGCCUUCAUGGCAGGAUGAUCUGAAAAAUGGCCAUAAUGAGGACAUCCUUUGUGUGGCCCAGUGUCCCCCGUCUCUCCUGGCCACCAGCAGUUAUGAUGGCGAGAUUAUAGUGUGGAACGUGGUUUCUGGACGUAUACAGUGUCGGUUUGUCAGCCCUCAUUCAGCUGAACACCAAAAUGUUGAAGGACUGGACACAAGUGUUCCCAGCAUCAUUUUCCUGAAGAACCUCAAGUUACAGCAGUUUUCCUCGGCUACAGCUCUCUUGUCUGCUGGGGCAAUGGGCUGUAUAAAUAUCUGGAACGUGCUCGGUGGAGGGGAGUUUGUGAGCAGCUUCAAAGCUUCUAGAUUCAAACAAAAGAUUACAAAACUGGCUAUAACAGACAAGGACGCAUUGCUGUAUGCUGCCGACCGAAUUGGUUACAUCUAUGUUUACAACAUGAAUAAGUUUGCCCCUGAGCAAAAAUCACCAAGAGCUGAAAACUUCUGGCGUGCCCACACCAGCAGAGUCUCUGGCCUGCAGGUUGUUGACAAUGAUCAAGUGGUGCUUACCUCAUCCACAGACUACACUGUGCGCCUUUGGAGUACACAUGGAGAAUUCAUAGGCACCUUUGGGCAGUCUGAGAGCUGGAGCAUCCACAUCUCGUCUUCCUGGAUGCAUCCUGCAGUCCCCUAUGAGGUUCUGAUACAUCCUCUGAGCAUGCCAGAUAAUGAAAUUUUGAGCGUAAAAAAGUCAGAGAUGCAUAGUAAGUUGAGACUUCCUCCGACAUCCAUCAGUGGCACAGACAUUGAGGAAGAUUAAAAGCCUGUUUUACCCAAAGGAACACUGGGAGACUGGACUCUGUCAUGAAACUGUCGGGCAUACUAACAAGCUAUCGAACCACUGAGCUCUGAGAAGCAUUGAUAUUGUGGAGCCACCAAACACCAGU